AUAUAGAGGCUGCGUUACAGAUGUGAACCAAUAAGGACAACAAAAGCGAAACAGCGAAACUACCAACUGUCACGAAAGGCCGACAUCAGUAUGUAUGCGUUGCACAUGGCGCGGUGCUGCGAGCAGUUUCAGUUGUCGCGAAGUUUCCAAAUUACGACUUGUUAAUCGCGCUGCGCUCGACGGAAGAUGUAGGGCUUUCGUGGCACCGUUUGUUCUCAGACUGCGACUAGCAUGAGCUUGUCCUUUUAACGCUUGCGUUGUGCUCGCUGGCCGAACGGCGCCAACCGAACGGUGGCUGCUCGUUCCAUGGGCCUUCUCUGUUCGUUUAGGAUUGUGCAUUGCGCUUCGCUUUGUACGUAGGCUCGCUGCGGCAAAGCGCGCGCUUUUUUCUCCGCUCGUGCGAGAGAUGGAUGACGAUCGAAGGAGGGAGCACAAAGGCGCCGUAAAGCACGGCACUCACGACGACUCCGUGAAUCGCAGGAGCAGUAUGUUCGAGCUUCGGCUGGUGACGCUGGACCAUUACCUCGCGGCCCCGUCGGCCCCGCUGGACCCUCUCGUCUCCAAGCUGGGCGGCUGGGAAGUCUGGCAGGUGCCCGUUUUGCGGAUCUUCGGCGUAACGCCCGCAGGCCAGAAAGCAUGCCUGCAUGUUCACGGGGUCCUGCCGUACUUGACGGUGCCGUGCACGGAGCCACGACCCGAGCGCUCCGCUGUCGUGCUCGCCUCCGAGAUUGACCUGCUGCUCAACACGGCUGCUGGACGGGCCACCAGCAUGCACCGGCACGUCCACCAUGUGGCUGUCUUCCGCGGCACGCGCCUGUACGGUUUCCAUGACAGAGAGGAGACCUUCCUACGAAUCUACCUCUACAACCCGCUUCACGUGCCCAAAGUGGCUGAGUUGUUGCUGUCAGGGCACGUGCUGAAGCAGGUGAUGCAACCACAUGAGGCCCACAUUCCCUACUCCUUGCAGUUCAUGGUGGACCACAACCUUCAUGGCAUGAGCUUCGUACGCGUGGAGUCGUUCAAGUUCCGGCGGCCACUGAGCUGGGCGCACGACGACAGAAGCAAGGCCCUUGGUAGUGGACCUGGCAUCUGGAGCCUGCGAAACCUGCCCGUGGAGCAGUUUGGAGACCUGGAGAAGCAGACGACGUGCGAGCUGGAGCUGGACUGCUGCGCAAAGGAUAUCCUCAAUGCCAGUGACAAAGAGGCACUGAACCCGGGACUGGCAGCCCUAUGGCAAGAAGAGGAGGACCGCCGGCAGGAGCCAGUCUCGUGGGCACCCCUCUCGCUUGAAGAUGUUGGCUUCCCCCCUACCGAGAGCGAGCGGUUCUACCUGGCCAGACUCGACAAGCUGCUUACCAGGCCAGCCAUGGAUGAGCAGGAGCUAACGGGCACUGCCAGGCAGUCCAGAAAGAAGCACCACUCCAGGCUGCUGGACACCUCCCACGGAAUCUUGGACAGUCAGGAUGAGGCACUGGCCGAGGCACUGGCGCAGGCGGCAUCCAGCUGGCACCAGGGUGCAGACGAGGAGGAGGACAGCAUCCUGGGUAGCCUGCCAGCGCUCGACAAUGUGGUCGACGAGGAGGACGACCAUGAUGUUGAGGACAUGUCCCAGGUGUUUCAGCUAGCAGGCGAACGGGAGCAGGACAAUGAUGGAGACAGCUCAAUGUCGGACCACUCUGAUGGCAACGAGGCCUACGACCCGUUCCAGCUCGACGGUGCCGACGACCGACCCGUGGUUGCAAGUGGGGCGGCGGCGAUCACCCGGGACCAGGGGACGCAGACGGGAGCACGGCCGCCCGUGCUGGUGCGACGACUGCUGGGCAGGGCGCGGGCACGGCGCUGCACGCGCCUCUCGCUGCAGCGACGGCAGCAGCAGCAGGGAAACCCACAGCUGCGCAAGCCAGAGCAGUCACCAGCAAAGUCUGCUGUGCCUGCCGCGGGACUGGAGACAGGUCAUCAGAAGGUGGAGGUUCCGGGUUCCUCCCCGCUUGUUGCCGAGGACUGGCAGCGCUGGCAGAGCUGUCACGUGGCGUCCAUGCUGAUGGCGCCGCUUCCAGGUGAUGGCACACCUUCCAGUGGUGUACCCAGCCCAGUGCAAUCCCUGUCUCCCGAGUCGCGUGCAGGUGGCGAAACAAGCUCCUGUCUGCAGCAUAGCGUGAAACCGUGCUUCGUCGAGCUUCCACGCCUGACAGACGAGGAAAUUGCUUCGUGGCAGCAGCGACGUGAGCCAGAGGGUCGCCGUAGGUGGAAACUGCGAGAGCUGGACAUUCAUGGCAAGAGUUGCGCUUCCCCGGUUGAAGAUAUGUCCGAACCCCAGAAGCAACGUCGGAAACGUGGCCGUUCAACGGACAGUAGUGUGGCUGGUAGUACCAGCCCACAACGGCGUACUUCAUCUUUGAGAAACCGUUCUGUCUCAGUGAGCUCUGUGUCACCUCACGCUGAGGGAUAUACGGAAUCUGAAGUCUACCCAGUAGAGGUGGGCCACCGGACUCGUCGGGUUUCUUACAGCUCUUUGGCAGGGGACAGCGGGGCAUCAAGCAGACGUGUUAAGGCCGGAACUGGGAAGGCCAGCAAGAGGGUUAAAGCGGUAAAUGACUCUGCUAGUGGCAGGACGUUAAGAGAGAGGGAUAUUGGUGAGAAAGGUGAUAAGGGUCAGGUUAGGGUGUGCAUAACAGACUCUGGGGAUAACGUAGAGUCUUCAGUCCUCUCUGCAGCUGCAGCUGCUGCUGGCCUUGGCUCAGAGCUCAGUGUGCCUCUUGUAGAACGUGUUCCACAUCCACGGAGGGGAAGAAAGCUGUCUACAAAGCGCCGCCUUGCUGUUGAAGUCACAGAGACUGUACCGGAUUCUGAUGCAUCCUCAUCAUCAUUGUCAUCAUCAUCGCACCUAGUAGGCAAGUCCAGUGAUCUUGAAGUGAGUGGUAGCAGGCCAUCUAUCAUCUGUCGUAUCCGUAUCCAAGGGAAGCAUGGAGUCGUCUCUACCACCAGCACUCGGCAAGUUCCUCGUGUAGUUGGCUUUGUCAGUCCUGACAGGUCUAUAACUGAAAGUUGUGUUGCAGAUCUUGGUAGCCCUCCAACCGGCAGUGUUAGCGAUUCAUCGAGCAGCACCAUUGUUGGAAGGCAGAUGUCAGAUGGGCCUACGUCUGGUGCCAGACCUUUGGGCUCUGAGAUGGCAGAUCCUGGUAUAGCAUCAAGGCACAAGGUUUCUAAGAAGAGUAAGUCAAGCAACGUGGCACUUGACGCACCUGCUGUGCAUUUGGAGUGCUCCAAUGCAACCCACAUGUCAGACGCUCCAACAUCUCUUUCCACACCUUCGAGCUCUGAGGUCGCAGAUUCUGGUAUUGUAUUGAGGCGGCCCAAGAGCUCCAGGAGGAGCGAGUUGAGCACCGUGACACCUGAAGCACCUGCCGCGCAGUUGGAAAGUUCUGGAGCAACCCACAUGCUAGAUGUUCCUGAGCCUGUUGCCACGCCUUUGAGCUCUGAGGUGGCAGAUCUUGGCGCAACAUUGAGAGGAAAGUUUUCUAGGAAUAGCAAGUCAGGUACUGCUACACCUGAAGCACCUUCUGCACAUUUAGAAGACUCCGAAGCAGUUACCGUGCCAGAUGCUUCAACAUCUCUUGCCACAUCUUCGAGCUCCGAGGUUGCAGAUUCUGGUGUCGUUCUGAGGCAGCCCAGGAGUCCCAGGAAGAGCAAGUUAAGCACUGUGACACGUGAAGCACCUGCUGCGCCUUUGGAAAGCUCUGAAGCAGCCCACAUAUCAGAUGCUCCAACACCUCUUGCCAUGUCUUUGAGUGGCAAGGUGGCAGACUCUGGUGUUGUGUCGAGGCGGCUUAAGAGUUCUCGGAAGAGCAAGUCAAGUACUGCAGCACCUGACCCACCUGCCGUGCACUUGGAAAGCUGCAAAGCAGCCACUGUGCCAGACGCUCCCCAGUCUGACGCCACACCCUCGAGCUCUGAGGUGGCGGAUAAUGGUGUUGUAUUGAGGGCCAAGUUUUCCAGGAAGAGCAAGUCAAGCACAGUGAUACCUGAAGCACCCGCUGCGCGUUUGGAAAGCUCUGAAGCAGUCCACAUGCCGGAUGCUGCUGAGCCUGUUGCCACACCUUUGAGGCCGGAGGACUCAGAUUCUGGUGUGGCCUUGAGGCUGAAAAGAUCUAGGAAGAGCAAGUUGAGUACUGUGACACCUGAAGCCCAGCUGGAAAGCUCUGAGGCAGCCCACAUGCCGGACACUCCAACCUCUCACGCCAUGAGCUCUGAGGUGGCAGAUUCUGGUGCAGUGUUGAGGCCCCGGGGUUCUAGAAAGAGCAUGUCAAACACCAUAACACCUGAAGCAUCUGAAACAGAGCUGGAAAGUCCCAAAGCUAUGUUGAGCGAGAUGUCUCCUACAACUGUAGGGUUAAGUUCUUCUGAUGUUGCACCACAUGGCUUGCCCAGCAGGAAAAGCACUCGGUCAGGUAGUGAUGCUGGCACUAAAAGAGCAAAGCUAGCUGCCAGUUCCAUUGCUUCCAAACCAACUGAAUCCCCUGAAGCGCUAAGUAGUGGCCCUGCUAGAAUUGGAACUAUAGAUAAUCAUCAGCUGUGUGGUAGCAAUAGUAGAAUGGAAAUGGGAGCCCCUCAUGCUACUCUAGGAACAUUGCAAUCAGGCAGUGAUGUUGAUGCUAUUGAGGAGCCUGGAAAUGUGAAGCCAGUUUCGAAGCGGGGCCGGCCUAGGAGGACAGAUUCUGUUAGGCCACUACUUUCUAGCCCUGACAGUCAAGGUGCAGCAGAUGCAGCAUCAGUUGAUAGCACUGCACAUUGCGAGAACACUGUGCAACCAACUACAAGGCGUACGAGACGCCAGCUGGCAAAUAGAAAGCUAUCAUCAAAGGAACUUAGUGCCACAAGUUCAAGUAGUUUGGAGUCGGUCACAAGUUUUAGCAGUUGUGAAGUCGGGGGCAGCAAGCUGCUUGAAACGAGUCUGCCUAAAGAGGGAAACUUGAGAAAACAAACUGCUAAGGGGAAACAAACAAGCAGCUCAAAACUAGCCAUAAAGCCCAGCCGUUCCAAAGUGAAAGAUUCUAACGCAUUGUUAAGCCUUGGCACUGAAAAUGAGAAUGCCGCCGAACUGGGCACCGAUCCUGUUGUGCAGGUAGUGGAUCAAGCAGCUAAAUCUAGCAAGUCUGAAGCAAGAGGGCGCGUCUCGUCGAGAAUCUCUGCUAACAAGUUGGCUCUUAGAACGAAGAUUCGUAAGGAAGGCAAAAACAAAGAAAAGCCUGAAAACCCAAAGCUACAAGAUGAGAGCUGCUUUGUUGCUGAUACUUCAAGCACCCCCCCACCAGGCUCUGACAUAGGUCUUGCCUCAACAGUCACCGUUGACACGAUGACCCCCUGCGUUUUGUCAUUUGGCACUACCUACAGCACAAGUCCAAACACUGCCAAGCUUGUCAGCGACUGCAACAUGACUAGGCAAGUAAUUUCCGGCUCACAGGUGACGAGUAGUGGCAUGGGUGAUAAGGGGAUCAGCGCUCCCAACUCUGGUGCCCCUGAAAUAGUCAACUCUCAUAACCGCCUAAUGUCCAGCACUUCCAGGUCGAGUGCAUCGUCAGACAGGCGGGAAGUGGGAGGUCUGCCAGUACGUUCGAGCAAAUCGCGAAAGAGAGCAGGCCUCCCUGAAGCUCACGACCCUGGGAUACAGGAACUGCUCGUCACCUAUGAGAGGCUUACGAUUACACCACCUAGUGAGCUUUCAAGUGACGGCAGUGUGGGCAGCAAGCAAUCCAAUGUGGCACGACCGUCUGCAGCAUUUAACUUGUCCGAAGCAGCAGGGAGCAGUGACUCGCCGCGAAGAUCUUCGUCAAGUAUUAUUACCAAUUCUGUUGAGAAGGAAGGCAUCCAGAAGUGCGUCGGUAAUGAUGAACCUGAAGCAGAGCACCCUAAAGAACUGUCAGGUAGCAGUAAUCCCAUCGUUGAAAAAGAAUCUGGCAGUGCAAAGUCAGUCGUGUCAUCGGAUAGAAGUGAAGCAGCUGAUGCCGGUGGUUUGAUGAGAGGCGCUGAUAAGGGAGCAGAGAACAGCCCUGAAUUGGUACCAGCACUGCCUGUGCCAAACUGUGCAGUGACCAAGCCAGGUCCAGAAGAUUCUAUGAUACAGCCUAGUAGUGUGAGUGUUGCAAACACAGAUCUUGUUGCUACUGAAGAAUUGGAAACUUCAUCACUGCGCACCAGGCAGUGCCAGCCUGAAGUAGCAGCUUUUGAUGUCCCUGUAAGCAGAAACCUUCCUGUCUCUGAGGUAAUCACAGCCAUUGAGCCUGUAGUACCUGAAGAAGGGAAUGGUGGCUCAGCAUUUAGUAGUGACUUUGCUCCUGCGGAUACUUCGGCGAAUGUUGACCUGCAUGCAGGUUCAAAUGGACCUGUACCUGGAGGCUCUGUGCAAGGAAACUGCCCUAUCAUUUCUGCCAGCACAGUGGACGUUUCUGAACCAGUCGUUAAGCCUAAUGUUUCUGACAAGGUUGGCACUGAUGCCCCUCCAAACAAAGUACUAUUAAACACAUUGCCAUUGGGCAAUGGUUCUGACAGCUCUAGUUCAAGCUCCAACAAUUCAGCUUCUGUGCUAAGCAGACCUUGCAUGACAAGUCCCAUUGAACAAAGUUCCUCUGAACUGUUGGACAGCCGCCAUGCUGUUCAGGAUGGCAGUGUCACUGAGCUCAUGACUGAGUUAAGCUGGUCUAUUGAGUUGGGUCAGGGAGUGACAGAGGGCUGCGCUGAGCAAGAUGCCAAUGUGACUGGGACACCUGAACUGGUCUCUAGUCUGUGUGGACAGAAGGGAAAUGAAUCCCAAAAAGCAUCUAGUGAUGAUGUUCAAUUUGAGGGUGAACCUUCAUCUCGUAUCUGUGCUGGCAGCAAGCCGACCACGACUGAGCAGCCAAGUGCUGUUGGCUCCAUCAACGCUGCUGAAGUGUCAUCUGUUGACGAUGACUUCAUAUGCCUAAGCCCUGAUGCCGAUGCAGAGUGGAUCCUGCUUGAUGAGGUUAGGGAUGACUCCAUAGAGCUGUUUCCAUCGCCUGAGGAGAGCGUUUCAGUGGACUGUAGUGAAAGUUGCAUUGACCAUACCGUUGAAAACCGUGUGUCUGACUGUGGGAUGAACUGUCAUAAUAUGAAUGUUAGUGAGAAAAAUGGCAUUGGCAACAUGGGCAAAAAAGAACUCGUUGGACACUUUGACAGUGUCAGCACUGAAGAGAGUGUUCAUGAGGAUGUGGCUGAUGAAAAUUCUAUCCAGCAUGGAAGCAGAAAAAGUAGGAGUGAGAGAAAGGUUGAGAGUGUAUACAGAGAAAGCUCCAUUGACAAAAGCUGUGAAAGCAGCAUUAGAAAUGUUGGUAGUAUAAACUGUGCUGACAGUGCCACUGGCGAGAACUGUGUUGUGGAAAUCAGCAGUGAAGGUUGCUCAGAUGCCACUAGCAGUAAAGAACACUUUGAGAUUUCUAGCACAGACCUUGCCGAUACUAACUGUGAGGAAAUUCUUCGGAACUUUGGCAGUGACAGUAGUAUGGUAGAUCUGGGCAGUGAAAGUUUUUCGGAGCCUACUGGUGGUAAUAAAUGUACAGAGGAGGUAGCCAAGGAAGAUAUUGCUGAAAUUAGCCCUGCGGACCUUGUUCAAGGCUUUGGCAGUGACAAUUGUGUCGGUGACAUCGAUAGUGAGGGCAUGGAAUUCAUUGCGAGUGAGAACUUUGUCGAAAACAUUGGCUCUGAAGAGAGCAUGGAGCUGUUUAGUGGGAUUGACUCUGAGUCUAAGCAGCAUAAAGAUGCAGUUGCACUAAAUGAGAUCAGCAGUGAUUCUAGAGAACACGAAGAUGUCUAUGCUGCGAUAGCUGCUGGAAAAUUAUUACGAGUGGCAGUUGAAAGACUGGAAGAUAUUGAUGCCCACAGUGCAAUUGGAAUGUUGUACCGUAAGGCCAAGAAAGCUUCAAAGUAUAACAGAGCCCCUUGCAAACGUGUCGAAAUCUCUGGAGACAAGCAGGAUGUAAACCGUGACAAUUCACAAGAUGAGCACACAGGCAUUGAUGAGAAAGAGAGAAGUGUUGGCCUAUCUUCAGUGAGAAAGUCGCCUGCCUGUCAUCAACAGACCUCGAGACCUUCCAAGUCCCUGCACAAAGAUGUUGGAGCCUCUAGUAGCCAGAGCAGUGGACGAAGACCCAGUGAUUCACAAGCUCAACACCAAAGCCCACGAGAGCAAGACAGAAGUGUUAGACCUGUGUCGAUGGAGAAGGCACUUGCCUCAGACCAACAGACUUCAAAAUCUUCCAAAACUUCUCGCAAAGAUCUCUGGGCCUCUGGCAACCAGCACUCCAGGGAUCAGACUGACGAGUCACAUGCUCAGCAUGUAAAAACUAAGAAACAGGAGGGAAACGUCGUGCCUUUUUCAGAGGACAAGUUGUCUUCCUCUGUCAAGAUAACAUCAAAGUCCUCCAAGACCUUGCACAAAGAUAGCCGGGACACUCGCAACCAACAUGUUGAAAAAUCCGCUAAAGAUUCGAAAACUCAGCAUUUAGUUGUAAGAAAGAAAGACCGAAGUGCUGAUCCUCUUACAGCAGAUAAGUCAUCAAUUUGCCACCAAAAGGCCUCAAAGUCUUCCAAGGCUUCCCGCAAAGAUGUGCAGGCUUUCAAGAGCAAGGACAGUGAGGGUAGUUCCAACAAAGCAGAAACACAGCGCCCAGGCAGAGAAAAGCAAGGGGAAGCUGUUGAACAUUCUUCAUUAGAAAAGUCACCGAGCCGUGAGCAACAGGCCUCAAAUUCUUCCAAGGGUUCCCACAGAGAUGUCCAGGUUUUCAAGAGCAAGGACAGUGAGGGUAGUUCCAACAAAGCAGAAACACAGCACCCAGGCAGAGAAAAGCAAGGGGAAGCUGUUGAACCUUCUUCAUUAGAAAAGUCACCGAGCUGUGAGCAACAGGCCUCAAAUUCUUCCAAGGGUUCCCACAGAGAUGUCCAGGUUUUCAAGAGCAAGGACAGUGAGGGUAGUUCCAACAAAGCAGAAACACAGCGCCCAGUCAGAGAAAAGCAAAGGGAAGCUGUUGAACCUUCUUCAUUAGAAAAGUCACCGGGCCGUGACCAACAGGCCUCAAGUUCUUCCAAGGGUUCCCACAGAGAUGUCAAGGUUUUCAAAAGCAAGGACAGUGAGGGUAGUUCUAACAAAGCAGAAACACAGUUUGCAGUCAGUGAAAAGCAAGGGGAACCUCUUGAACCCUCUUCAUCGGAAAAGUCACCGGGCCGUGACCAACAGGCCUCAAAGUCUUCUAAGGCUUCCCACAGAGAUGUCCAGGUUUUCAAGAGAAAGGACAGUGAGGGUAGUUCCAAUAAAGCAGAAACACGGCAUGCAGACAAAGAAAAGCAAGGGGAAGCUGUUGAUACUUCAUUAGAACGGUCACCGGACUGUGACCAACAGGCCUCGAAGUCUUCCAAGGCUUCCCGUAGAGAUGUCCAGGUUUUCAAGAGCAAGGACAGUGAGGGUAGCUCCAACAAAGCAGAAACACAGCGUGCAGACAGAGAAAAGCAAGGGGAAGCUGUUGAACCUUCUUCAUUACAAAAGUCACCGGGCCAUGACCAACAGACCUCAAAGUCUUCCAGAGAUUUCCACAGCGAUCUUCGAGCCUUUGACAACCAGGUCCAGGUGUGCGAGAAUCGGGAGAGGAGACCUGACAGUCCAGAGGAACAACGGGCAGGAGGUGGCACGCAACAGCAAGACGAAUGCAAUGAGCCUCUUCAAACGGAGAAGUCACUUUCUUACCACCAGAGGGAACCACUGCCGCCAACUGACAUGGGCAAGGAACAUGUACUGCUAGACCAAGUCCUUGACCUAGGGGAGCUUCCGGAUGCCAUCAAGUGCCUACUGGACUCUGAGGUUCCACUCCCUGAAUUGGACGCCGACUGCUUCAGCCUACCACCUGACUCUACCCGUUGGCUCUCUGAAGAUGGUGUGGUUGAGAAGCGGAAACCUGAUGAGCGCCCUCAGGCUAACAAGGAGGAGCCACCAUUCUGUCCCUCGGGUGACAUCAUGCUUGGAGAACUGACCAAGGCUUGCUCACUCACGAAUGAAGGCCUCGUUGCUCUCGUGCCAGCUGUGCCCCCACCAACCUGUGGCCCACAUUUCAACAACUGUGGCUCAACCACUGCUCGGGCCCGCAAGAAGUGCCUGAGGGGUCUGGCCCACUGGCAGAAGGCCAAACUGGAGGCCUUUGCACGGGACUCGUGCUUUGAGGUGGACUUCGAGCACAACCCCGAGCUGCGUAUAGCCUUCUGUCGUGACCGCAGUGUGGUGCUGACACCUGCACGAUCUGCGCCGACCGUCGCCUUGCUGGCACCAACCCGUCAGCGGCCACCACCCAGUCCAGACGAUGAUGUGGUGAGCAUCCGUGAGCUGCCACCUUCCGACGCCUCGCCUGACCCAACCAUGCUUUUGGUGUCCCCGCCAAGCACACCCCCACGACAUGAGACCAGCACGUCACAACUGGAUGGACCAUCAGGUCGCUUUGCCCUCAGUGGAGCCAGGCUACCUGCAGACACGGAGCGGGUGCUGACAGUGCUAAGCGUGGAGAUGCACGUGCGGUCGCGCAGCGACCUCCGUCCGGACCCGGCACAUGACCCCGUGCAAUGUGUGCUUUGGUGUGCACGUGGCCAUGGCACGGAUGCGCCUCUUGAGGCGGGCGUGAUGCACUGGGUGCUUGGAGAUCCCCGGUUGGCGGACAUUGAAGACCUUGCAGGAACCUCGCUACGCCGCACGGGCGUGGCCACCCCUGGGCUUCGCACCCAGGUCGUGCGCUCGGAGCUGGACCUCUUCCAUGCUUUGGUCGACCUGGUGCACAGAUGGGACCCUGAUGUCCUGCUGGGGUAUGAUGUGGAGAGGGCAUCCUGGGGCUACCUGUUUGAACGGGCCGAGCAACUGGACCUGGACCUGUAUGCACGGCUGUCGCGUGCACCACCUCCGCCGGGCCGCAAGGAUGUCUUAGGGCGCAUCCUGCUCAGUGUCUGGCGGAUCCUGCGCAAAGAGGUCACACUGAACAUCUACACCUUUGAGAACACCUACUACAACGUGAUGCAUCGGCGAGUGCCCCUCUACUCGUUUCGCCUGCUUUCGGAAUGGUUCAGCAAGGACCUGUUCAGGUGGCGGACUGUGGAGCACUAUGCCCUGCGUGCCCGUGGCAACCUUGAGCUGCUCGAUGAGCUGAAUGUGUUUGGCAAGACGAGCCAGAUGGCCCGCAUCUUUGGCAUCCAGUUCCUUGAGGUGCUCAGCCGAGGAUCGCAGUUCCGGGUGGAGUCCAUGCUCCUGCGGCUGGCACGCAGCCACCGAAUGGUGGCACUGAGCGCAUCUACGGCCCAGCGUGCCCGGCAGCGGGCGCCCGAGUUCAUCCCCUUGGUGCUGGAGCCCCGGGCGCAGCUCUACACGGACCCCGUCGUGGUGCUGGACUUCCAGUCCCUCUACCCGUCGGUCAUCAUUGCCCACAACUACUGCUACUCCACCUGCCUGGGACGCGUCGAAAGCCUCGGCAGUUCAGCUCCCUUCGGUUGCUCUUCGCUGGAGGUACCCACGCAGCUUGUCAAGAGCCUGCGUGACCACAUCACGGUGUCUCCAGCCGGCGUGGCGUUUGUGAAACCCUCCAUCCGCAGAGGCCUGCUAUCGCAGAUGCUGGACGAAGUACUUGGCACACGGAUCAUGGUCAAAAAAGCUAUGUCCCAAUGCACAAACAAGGGUCUCCGGCGAGUGCUGGACGCACAGCAGCUAAGCCUCAAGCUGAUUUCCAAUGUUACGUACGGCUACACAUCUGCUGGCUUCUCGGGACGCAUGCCCUGCGUAGAGGUGGCGGACAGUGUGGUGAGCAAAGGUCGGGAAGCCCUGGAGCACGCCAUCCGCACUGCUGAGGCUAUUGUUCCAGGUGCACGGGUUGUGUACGGUGACACAGACAGCCUGUUUGUACUGCUGGAGGGCCGGUCACGGGAGGAAGCCUUCCGACUGGGCCAGGAGAUUGCUGACCAGGUGACAGCGCAGAAUCCACGGCCAAUGCGCUUGAAGCUGGAGAAGGUGUACCAGCCGUGCGUGCUUCAAACCAAGAAGCGGUACGUCGGAUUUGCCUACGAGAGCCCUGACCAGCAGGAACCAAAGUAUGAUGCCAAAGGCAUUGAGACUGUGCGUCGUGACACUUGUCCUGCUGUUGCUAAGCUCCUGGAGAAGAUGCUGCGGGUGCUGUUCACCUCACGUGACAUAGUUGCAGUCAAGCGCUUUGUCAAGCUGCAAUUGUCCAAAAUCCUGGCCGAGCGGGUUAGCCCCCAGGACUUCAUCUUCGCCCGCGAGUUUCGCGGUCUGCACGGCUACCAGCCUAGUGCGUGCGUCCCUGCUCUUGAGAUUACCAGGCGUCAGCUGCGGCGUGACCCUCGUGCCGAGCCACUGGUUGGGGAGCGAGUUCCCUAUGUGGUGGUUUACGGUCACCCGGGCCAGCGGCUGAUUGAGCUGGUGCGGUCGCCUCUAGAGCUGCUGUCGGGACAGCUACGCCUCAACGCUCACUACUACGUGGCGCGCGUCAUUGGACCUGCGCUCAACCGUGUUCUUCGGCUACUUGGUGCUGAUUGCCUCCAGUGGUAUGAAGAGCUUCCAAGACCUCGCUUUGUGGCUGCUCCCCGUCCGGGCACGAUGGCUGCCUACGUCACGGUCAACCAGCUAUGCCUCGCAUGCGGCGGACAGGCCGAGUCGCGGCAGCUCUGUGCCUCGUGCGAGGCGGACCCCGGCUACGCAGCGCUCGUUCUCGGUGGCAAGGUGCAACGUGUUCAGAAGGCGCUGCUCGAGUUGCAGGCGGUGUGCCACAGCUGCAUGGGCUUUCAGGCUGGCAGUGUCUGCUUGUCAAUCGACUGUCCCGUCCUUUUCAAGACGUCGCGUGUCACAACCGAGGCCCAGCAGGCCCUCGACUGGAACAGUGCCCGGAACAGUGUGUCUACGACGUCCUCAUAGCAGCGUUGGCCUCUUCUGGCCGACUCUGUCUUUCAAUGGAAAUCCUGCAGCGAGUCUUGGCAGUUGCGUUCAACUUUCCCGUGCACAGUAUUAUUGUCCCAAAGGAGAUGAUCUGACAUUUCAAGCAUGAGUGGGAUGCCAUGGCUGUGAGCUGCACUUCUUUCUAGCCUAUGCAGCUUAAGUGUCUUCGAUGGGUGCACCGGCAACUUCAGUUUCGCAGGACAGACAAGCUUGAGUUUGCUGCAAGAUUGUUUUUUGGCAAGGAUUUUGCCAGAGUCAUUGUGUUCAUUGCAAGUUUGUGACUGCAAGUGUGAAUGCUUCAAGCACAACCAUGCUUAGCUGUGGUGGAUUUGGACAGGCUUGCAGACAGACUAAACUGUCUAGCCUCUUGGAAGCCCGAUUUACUCUGGGACUUAGUCAUUGCAGAAGGAGUAGACCACAGAAACCGUGUACAACUGAAUGUUCGCUGCUGAGCUCUGUGAUCGUGAAUUUUUUACUCUGUGAUUCAUUUUCGGGAAGCCAUGUGAUCAGGCCUACACAAUCGGGAGGAUGUGUGUCUUUUUCCACUGGUGCAGCUUUUCCUUUUUUUCUCUUUCCAAGCAGACGACGAGAUUCACUGACCUGCACAUCUGCUUGGCAACAGUGCAGUAGUGAUCUCAGGCUCGAAGCUCGGGAUUUGUAUUCUGUGAUCUUGGUGGAGGAAGCAAAUCAUCAGUCAUGGUGGCAGGAGCCACAUUAACAUUCGCAAGGGAUGCAGCAUAGUCAGCCACAUUUGUUCAUUUGUGUGUUUGCUCAUUUCUGUUGGAAAUUGUGUAAACUGUCUGAGUGCGUUGGGUGAGUGCCCUCUCUUAUUCCACAGGUGAGGAGCCAAGGCGGCUCUGCUUGUGUGUGGGCUGCAUUUCUGUACAUAUACUGGCUGAGGUGAGCCCCCUCAUCAUUUUCAAUUAAAAGAAAAAAUCUAUUUCACAA